UUCCUCUUCUCUCCUCUCUUCUCCUCUUUCUUCUUUCCGCUCCGUUUCGACAUUUUCCUCCCUCUUUCGCGGAUGGUGCGGAUAACGCGGCGCGUCGAAAAGCUGGGGAAAAGCUUCCGGCUUUGCGAGAAGAAGACAGGUAGCGCGCGCGCGCGCGUUGUUACGUGCACGUGUCUCUCUAUCAAAAAAUCAACGACCGUUUUUGUCGAAACACGACGACGAUGUGCCAUCGUUCUAAAUCUCUUCGUCUCUUUCGUUGUUAAGUCUCCUUCGCUCGCUCUCCGCUUUCUCUUUGUCUUUUUCUUUCCCUUUUUCUCGUCUUCUCUCUCUCUUCUUGCUUGUGUCUCGUGAUUAUACUCCUGACUCUGUCUCUCUAUUCCCUCCCCCUGUCUCUCUCUCUCUCUCUCUCUCUCUCUCUCUCUCUCUCUCUCUCUCUCUCUCUCUCUCCCCGUCUGCCAAUUGAGAAAGCUACGCACCGGAUGGUCCCAUCGAGCUUCGGACAAAAUAUUUGGAAAACACGAGGGGAGACUCUGGAGCGAGAGAGGUCCUCCGGAGGACUCGCGCGCGCAGGAGGGUGUGUUUUAACGAAAGCGUGAGCCGCGCGCGAGCGGGAACGUGCGCGACAUGUGUCGAGGGGAUUAUGCCAAUUUCUCGGCUCUGUGCGUAAUAACGAACAACAUGGUGGCGGCGAAUUAACAUCGUUGCGUGGGUGCGAUGUCCCAGCGUGUUCGCUCGCCCGAGUAAGACCUUUCCGGCCUCCGAAGAAACGCCGAUCGGCAAGCGAGAUAACUCGAGAUAUCCCGUGGAGCCCGUGGCCGGAGGUGAGGAGGUGAGGAGGUGAGGAGCCGCGUCCGCGCGAGAAGAAGACCUCAGGUACCCAUCCCCGCGUUUCAUCGCGAGGCCCAUUCGAGUCGCCCAUCACGGACCAGUCUUCGCAACGAUGUAGCGGAGGAGGGAAGCGACAGGAAGUCUCGCUAGAUGAGACGUCUCUCUCGGAGAGAAGGGAGAGAGAGGAGACGCAAGAAAAUCGUCGUAAUUGAGUGAUCGACGCGCGCGUCAUCCCGUCCGAGGGAUCUGCCUUCGUGCUUUCGCGCGUAGAAAGACGUGAGACGCAGCGCCGUCGCGAGGGGAGACACACUGGUGUGACGGCUCCGGUUGCCCCGUGCAAAAAUCCGGACUGAACAAAGUGAAUAGAACGAGGGGGAGUGUGUGGCUCGACGAUCCACGGCACCCGGAGGAUCAUCUGUCGAAGAUAAAUGGAAUGAAGCGUUACAUUUCACCCCGCGCCAUCGAGCGAUGUCCCAGGAAGCACCGCACAGCGUACCGCAUGCAAUAACAACAAUGCCGAGGCCGUGGUACACAGGCCGCAGCAGCGGGAACAGAUAAGGCAGCGAAGAAGGGCCACGCGUCGAGCCAGUCAUGUGUAAUGUCAUGUGGCUCCUUCGGCUCCUGACGAUCUACUGCCUAGCUCAUUUUUCGGCAUCCGACACGCACACAGAACUGCCUCUGGCGACGGACCCGGUUUCCACAAAAUCGACCACGGCGGCGAAACGAUCCGUGCCGACGGAUGCCCCGAUGCUAAACUACAUUUUCGACGCGCACAGCACUCUAAACAAACACCAACAUCAUCAUGAUCACAGAUGGGGUCCUCACUUCGAAGGCGAGAGCUCUAACAUCACGGUGCAGGCUGGUGCUAGCGUCACUCUCGAUUGCAGGAUAUCCCUGUUGCAGGACAAAACCGUGUCCUGGGUACGUCGGCAGGAGAAUGGCGGCAAGAUGAAUCUGCUGACGGUGGGUCAGCACACGUAUACGGGCGAUUCGAGGUACACCAUCGAGUUUCAAUACCCGGACAACUGGCGUCUACGUAUCAAGCGCGUUAACAGCAGCGACGAGGGCCAAUACGAAUGUCAGAUCAGCACCCAUCCACCCAAGUUCAUUCACGUCAACCUACACAUUAACGCACCAUCCGUCCAAAUAGUGGACGCCCUGGGCGAGCCACUGCGGGACAAGUACUACGAGGCUGAUAGCACUAUCGAGCUGCUAUGCGUCGUACGACACAUAGCGAUGCAGGUGCAAUACAGCGUCGUCCAGUGGCUGCACGGCAACAGAGUCUUGAACUACGACACGACGAGAGGCGGUAUCAGCGUGAAAACGGAUCUAAUGGAAGAGGGGGCCAAUUCAACUCUCAGCAUAGCUAAGGUUGGACCUACGGAUAGCGGAAACUACACGUGCCAGCUCACCACCAUGCCGGACCAACCCGCCACGGUUCACGUACACGUUCUAAACGGAGAAAGCUUAGCAGAGCUACAUCACAGCGGCGCGCGAGCCGCUCGAGCGGGUGCCGCCGUUAGCUUGUCGUUGCUCUUCCUGGCCGUCGUUCUGACCCGAUCGGGCCAGGUGCUCAGAUGAAGACUCGACAAGCUACCUCGGCUUGCACUUUGAGCUUCCGCUUUGGCGAGCUUGGGCAUCGUUAUGCUGUUGGACAAACGGUGCACCGCGACGCCAGGCGAGACGCUACCAUCCAAAUGUACACCGCACGGACUUUUCUAUCAUCGUGACUACAGCGGACACGAGGGCCAAAGAGGGAGUGUGUGUUACGUUAACAUACUGCGUUAACAUAAGAGACGUAGGCAGGACAGAGGCGGUUGGCUGCGUUGUCAUGGAACGUUAUAAUUCUAAACGCGAUAUGGGUUAUGUUCGAUGCUCGAGAGAUAGAGAGAAGAAAAAAAAGAAAAAAAUACAAGAAAAAGCAUGCGUAUUUGCAUUACGAAAGAAUACCUUUGUCAAUUUUCAGAGCGAUUCCGAACAUUCGAGGCUCGAAUGAUGUCUGAUUUUGCACGAGAAGGAAACGAAUAAUAAAUAUGGCCAGUCGAUGUUCCCGAUCAAUUCACUUCGCGGAACUAGAUAAAAACUGACAUUUUCAUGCCCACCCACAUUAAAAAAAGAAUGUUAUAUUUAUUUAUAUAACAGGAAGAAACAAGUGCGAAUUUAAUUUUAAUUGAUUAAUAAUAGGUCUUUUUUGCGCUAGCGUGCCUAUUUUACUUUUAGAGACUCGAUUAUUAAGUAAUAGCAAAUUUCUACACGCGCAUCAACGUUCUUGCGGCGCUAUUGCGCAAGACACGCUCGGCUCGAUUGUCUCGAUUGUCGAGUACAACAUACUAUGCCGUUCAAGCAGAUGUACUCGUCACCGAGCAAAUUAUUCAGUCAUCACAGAGCGAUGCGACAACGUUAUUAAUAUCGAUCGCGCUGUUCAAAGCUGGUAUAAUAUUGGUUCUCUCUCACCUAGUUACCCCAACACGACCCCUGUGUCUCUCUCGCGACUAAAAAUCGCGACCACACCAAAACUACGGUAAGAGCAUAAAUCUGUGUAUCAAAUAACCAAUAACUCGUAAACAAUAAAGAUUCGAGGCGCGAACUGCUGACCGAGGUAUUGGAGUGGUCGGUAUCGCGUAUCACUAUGGCUGUGAUAAUCGAGACAAAUUGCGCCGUUCAAUUCGACCCCCAUCUAUCACAAUUCACGCCAUUAAUAUCUCGCAAUUUUCCACGCGCGCCCGUCGAAGCAUUUUUCGAAGCGCGGUGUGAGUACGAGGAUCCGCGAAUUUCCCGAUAACACACGCAGGAUCGUGCGAGCUCUUAUCAUCGCGUCCAAUAUAUUACCGAUAAUGCAUAAGCAGUCGAUUUACGCGACGACGGAAAGCGUCGAUCAUCGGACGUCCCCGUAAACUGUCACCUAUCAAUCACGACUGUCUCGAGUAUUUCGAGAUUGUUACCAGCGGCUUCAAUUAGCAGACAAUUAAGAUAGCAAUAUAUCAAAAUGCAAUGCGACCGACGCGUAUAUAAUAUGCCACUAUUAAUUAGAUUGUGCCGCGAUGGUCUUUAGCGAAAAAUGCAACGGGGGAAAAUGCCGCGGUUAGAGCAGACAGUCGAGUCAACUGUGACCAGUCGUUGAUAUCGGUUCUCUCGGGCACACAAUGCCCUUUCUCGUCGUGACAGAUUGUUAAUAUUGUAUAUUUGUAUAAGUUUCAUUCGUCAAGGUACAUUCAGACGCGUCUUUCAGCCCGCGGCACAUAUGUA